GUUAUGUUAGUCCCUUGGCACUAACUGGUACACAAACGUGUUUUCGUGCAGAUCCGAAGUAUACAAUUCAAUAGAACGCCUCCUCAUUCAUUUUGGAGUACUAAAUUCUCGGAUUUCUGAUAUUGGAUAUCGCAAUAAAUUUGUUGCCGACUGUUGAAUUUUAAGAUAUGCUUGUGUGAAAAAUUCUGUUUUAGUUUUUCCAGUCAGUUACAGUACCUAGAAAUUUCUUUUUUCUUCUCCAAAUUCAACCAUGAUUAAACAAUCCAAUCUAUUAAAAUGGGCUCAAAAUAACAAGAAUAAUUCAAAAAAUGGAACUAACAAAAGCUGGAUUCACCCACCAGAUGCAUUGCAGCAUGGUCAUGUUGCUUAUCUAGUCAAGUUUCUAGGCAGUAUUGAAGUUGAUUCAGCUAAAGGUAUUGAUGUUGUGAAAGAUGGAAUCAGAAAAUUAAAGUUUAAUCAACAACUGAAAAAGGCUGAAGGUACAAAAACACCAAAAGUUGAAGUCACUAUUUCAAUUGAUGGUGUUGCUAUCCAAGAUAAGCAAACCAAGCAAAUAUUCCAUCAGUAUCCAUUGCAUCGUAUAUCAUAUUGUGCAAACGACAAAUCUGAUAAGAAAUUUUUUAGUUUCAUUGCUAAAGAAGAAAAUAAGGAUAAACAUAUGUGUUUUGUAUUUGCUAGCGAUAAAUUGGCUGAAGACAUCACAUUGACUAUAGGAGAAGCAUUUGAUUUGGCAUAUCGAAAAUUUUUAGAUACAUCAGGAAGAGAUCUGGAGGCCAAAAAACAGUUGAUGAUUCUGCAAAAAAGGGUUCAAGAUCUAGAAAAAGAAAAUUCAAUGCUCAAACAGAGGUUAGCAGAAGUAUCUAAAGGUGCAGUUACAGAAAAUGGAAACAUGAAGAAUGGACAAAUGAAUCAAAACCUUCUUAAUUUGAAUGGUGACAUUCCUACUACUCGACAUCAAUCAGCAAUUGAUCCUGGCUAUAACAAUACAGUGAAUAAAAAUGCUCGAAAUGAAAUGUCUAAAUCAAUGCCUCCUACUUCUCCCUCUCAGGAACUUUUUACUCUUGUAACCUUACCAAUAACUACUCCUACUGUUGGCACGAAAUUAGAAAAUUUAUGUUUGGAUGACCUUGAUGACUUCAAUCCUAGACAAGAAACUCCCAUUACUAAUGGAAAUAAAGCAAAUGGAAUGAAGACAGAUAUUUUUGGAGCUCCUCCAUUCAACCCAUAUCAGACAUCAAACAAUGAUCCAUUUGGAAUGGGAGAUUUUAGUUCUGUUGCUACGAAUGAUUUAGAAAAUGCUAUUGGUGAACUGGAUAAGAAGAUAUCAGAAAUGCGGGAUGGUUUCCAGAGAGGCAUAUCCUUUGGAAAUGAAGACUUCUUUGAUUCUGCAGAAAGCCAUUGAGCAUUGUUUGGACUGUUCAAACAAGUUUUAAAGUUUAUUUACAUAAGCAGUUCGUCAUUUACAAAUUGUCGCACAAUGUAGACAAUGAUGUUUUCUAAUUGCAUAUGUAAGAAUGUAUGUUUUAAUAUAAGAAAGUUCAAUAAGGGGACCAUAAUUUACAAGAUCAGUAACUAUUUUAUACUGUUAGAUAUAUAACAUCUAACUGGAAGCAUAAUUUGUUUGGAUUUUAUUGAAAAGCUAGCUGAAUGUGGUGUUUAGUUAAUCAUAUGUUGUAAAUAAAUCUAAUUUUUAUUUUUCCUUGACUCACAAUGUUUUGCAAUCUUUUGCACUUGUAUAUUUUGGAUAUGUCUUAAUUUAUAGUAAAAAUAAGGCAUUGGGAUGUUUUGAUUGCUAAUAUUGGCUGAAGCUGAUUCAUGAAAAAGUUUUUUUUUUUUUUUUUCUUUUAUUGUUUCAAAAAAAUUUGAACUUGCAUGUGUAUAAAUGUGCCAAAAUUAUGUAUUUUUGAUUGUUUAUUUGUUUGUAUUACUUCAUUAUUUUCAUUUAUAAGUAAUGUGUAAAAUUACUUUUACACAUUAGUCAAAACUGAGUCUUGUAUAGAUAUACUAAUUGGGAUUUUUAACAUAUAAAAAUUUACGAUUUUUGCUAAUUAUAUGAAAUGUAGAAUUCCUAAUGUAAAUAUGUUUUCGUUUCUUUUUACCAUAUUUAUUUGACUCUAGAGAAUUUUUACAAUUAUUUAAUAUUUAGGAAACAUAGUUUAGUAAAGUUUUGGACAUCAAAAUGUAUGUACAAAAUGUUACAUAAUAUACUUUUUCGCUAAAAUUGUGUUAUUCUAUAGUAUCAUAUGUCAGAUAUGAAUUUUUUUUUUUUGAAGUUAUCUUUUGUGAAACUUAAAUUAAAAAGAAAAAAUUAUAGUAUUUUGUUUUUCAGAAUUAUCUAUAUAUAAUUCAGUAUACUGUUUCAUGGCAUAUUUAUAUAUCAAAAUACUCUAUAAUAAAUUCUUAUGUUGAUUUUUUUUUUAUUUUAUAAUUGAGUCUAAAUUUAUGAAGUUCCCAAAGAAAAAAAAAAAGCCAUGUAAAAGUUUCAUGUUUUGCAAUAUUUAAUUUUAGAUGUGAUUCUUCUAUGACUCUGCCCACCGAACAUUGUUGGGAAUGUUGAAAUCUGCUUUUACCUUUAAAUUAGAAAAAAGAAUUUUUACUCUCAAAACCACUCUAAGAAUAUUUUAGUAAAUCUUUUAUAAAGUGUAGUGUUGUAUGUAGUAUAACAAUUUAAACUUUAAUCAGAAGAUUUUAGAGAAUUUUUCUCCAAUAAUUAGAAUUCACUACUACUUUUUAAUGUGGACACAACUAUAGGUGCCCACCACCACUAAAAAGAAAUCAGAAAAGAAAAAAGAAUGUAUUUGUGUAUGUGAAAUGACUUUUUUAAAAAAUACUCUUCAAUAUUUGUAGAUGAAAAUUAUUCUUGAAAAUAUCAUCUUGACUUAAAAUAUAUUACUACAAUUUAUUUUUUAUUUAAAAUUUAAUUUCCUUUUUUUACUUAUUAAUACUUUUUUUACACAUUAAUUGUGCUUUUUUAUUUUUAUUUUACAAUUUAAAGAUUUCAAAAAUCUAUGGGACAAAAUUUAAGGAGUCUCAAGUUACAAUACUUGACAUUGUUCUAAAGUAUUUAGUAAUUUCGUUCAAUAUUUUUGCAAAUUUUAAAAGCUUUUGCUUUUUUUUUUUUUUUUUUUUUUCCCUUCCUGUAAGAAAUAUUUUCUACUAGCAAUUGGUAUUUCAGUUUGGAAUGGCUUUUUAACUAAGAAUUGCUUUUAUUUAUAUAUAUAUUCUUUAAAAAUAAUUGUUUUUUUUUAAAUGCAAUACUUUUUAAUUGUUUUAAUAGGAGGAUCUGCCUUGUUUGUAC